AUGUCUGAAAUCCGCACAACAUUUCACCACAACGGCCAGAUCGACAGGACUUCAGAAUCACCCAGGAAUUUGUGUUGGUGCUUCAGCAAUCAAUACCAGACGCCCGUAGACGUCAGCUGGUGGUGCGCCCUGCCUGAUUGUCGAAUUCUAAAUGAAGAUACAGCGUGUUCGGUCUUCUUCAAGCACUCCACCUGCUACGAUGUCCUGCCUGAGAGCGGGAAGCUUCUUGUUCUAGACUCCACCCUUCCAAUCCGUCGAGCUAUGCAAGCCCUGACCGAUCAUUCACUGGCAGCAGCUCCGGUCUGGUGCAGUCGUCUGCAAUGCUACACCCACCUGCUCACAACGGACCUGAGUCUUCGCCUCCUCGCCCAGGCGUUUCCCCUCCAGUCCCCUCCCUCAGCGCCCCACAACGGCGGACCCCUUGAUGAUGAUGCUGCUGCCGACGCCAAAAUUUCCGACCCGAAAGUCAGCAUGGGCUAUUGGGAGGGCAAAACAAUGGGCAGUGUGCUGAAAACCUUCUACUCUUGGGCUCGGACCGAGUCCUCUGAUGUUCUCAUGGAAGCGCCAACCGUCGUGACCCCCCAAGACCACCUCCAUCGCAUCACGCGCAUCCUCACCCUGGCAUUUGAGGUUCCCACCACCUGUGCGUCUAGUCCCGCGUCGGAGAAGAUGGAGGACGUGUGCUACACCCCAGAUACCCUCACCGACUCCUCCGACCCGCCCUCUCCUGUUGAGUCGACCUUCCACAGACAAUACGUGGCUCCACCCAGGCACAUUCUCAUCGCCGACAAAGUUGGCACUGGUAACUUGCUCGGAGUUCUCAAUUCCGAUCGAUUGCUAGCUUAUCUUCGAGUGAGAAUGCGAAAUCUACCCACUCCGAGCACUCUCAAGGUUAGCGUGGGUGACCUCCAGGGGAUCAGGUGGGAGGAACGCGGUUGGCAAUUGGACAAUGCGUCGGUGAACUUCAACACGGGCGCGUUGAAUCGUGUCGUCUCAAGCAUGGGUUCCGCCUUCUACCUGCACCCCUCCACCACGUGCCUACAGGCUCUGCACAUCCUGAAUGCGGCGUGGAGCAAGGCUGGGCUGGCGUGCUUGCCAGUUUCCUUCGACAAUGGCCAAGGUUUCCAGGGCAUGCUGUCGAAACACGACAUUCUGGGAACUAUAUUUGCCGGUCCGCUUGACAUCGCGCUAAGUGCCUCUGUGGGAACAAUCUUGAGUGUUCGACCGAGAGCUCCUGGUUACUCAAAUCAGGCGAUGUGCUUCACCUCGGAGUGCCUUGUCGCUGUGCUGGAUAGGAUGUUCCGUCAGAAGGCGCCGUGUCUGGCUGUAUUCGAAAAACCCGGCUCUGGCGCCAGCUGGGACGGCCAGGCGGCUUUGGGGGCCGCCGUUGGCGUGAUCACGUCCUGUGACCUCCUUCACACCAUCGUUCUGGCCUGCAACUCCCCUUCCAACCCUACUACCCCUGAAAUCGAUGAAACCCUGCCGUAUCGACCAGGCAGCGUCAAGGUUAGUUUCCCCAGCGGACGUCGAGUGCUUCACUCACAGCUGUCCUUCCCCCGGGGCACCAUGAAACGGAAUUCCCUCCCUUGCGCUGGAGCUGCCAAACUCGUGGCGAGCUCUGUGCCGGCGCCGCAGAUCACCUCCCCGCUUGGGAGUCGUCAGCACACAUUGACAAGGUUCUUCCACCGACACAAGCGGUACUCGGAGAGCGAGGUGUCGCCGCUCGAGGGACCGUUUGCGACCCACUCGGGCGCCAAUCGCCACCACCUACGCAACCCCCCACCGCCAAGCGCCGUUGAUGACCGGUCGCUGCACCACACCUCGCGUUGCCAUGGCGCCGAUCGAUCCGCCAAGUCCGCCAGUCACGGCGUAAUGCCGAAGCUGCACCUGCCCGACAAAGGGGAGGAGGAGGAGAGCACGCUGUUCGAGAUGGACGAGCUGCACGUUCCACGUCGUCUAGGUCAGAAGAUGACCAUAUCGUCGGUGACACGAGCAGUUGCGGGUAGCGAAUGCUUAAUGGCUGUAGACGGGGCUUUAGAGUUGCAGUCGCUCCUUCCUACAAAGGGUCUGUGGUCGCACUACGAUAUGGUCCGCUAUCCCUGCGCCCUGAUUGGUCCAGCACGUUCCCCGUCGUCUAGGGCAAACAAGCAGUUUUCGCGCACUAAGCUCUCUUCGUCACCGACUUACAAACAAACCAUCAGCACUCAGAAGUAA